AUGCCUUCGUUACCACCAAAAGACAUCAACGUUAAUAAAACUUUCUCCAAAGCCGUCGGUGAUAUGAGAGGCUUGUCGAUCAACAAAACCUCUUCAAGAUUCAAAUCUUCUUGUAUUUCAUUAUUUUCUCAAUUGUACUCUCCCCCUACUAAACUUGUCUCUGAUGAUGAUGUUAUCAUCGAAUCGUCCAAAAUUCGUACCAACACCACCGCUACCAAUGUUUAUGAAGCUCCUACUUCUAAUAACCUCAUCAAUGACUAUCACCUCAAUCAUCCAAAAACCAUGAUCUUUGAAAAGCCUGUCGCUAUUACUGCCAGCAACUACAUCAAUAACAAAAACAAUAUCAUUUCCACCGCUACUGGAGUCAACGUUGAUAUAAACGAUUGUAUCAAACAACAACCUUCUAUCUCUACCACCGUUACUUGUGCAAAAAUUCCUCAAAUCAAAAAUGCUGAAUUGGCUAAAUCUUUGUAUUGGAAUAAUUUGGCCGCUGGUCAAAUUGAUGAUAAUAACAAUAAUAUCUAUGAUCUUCAACAAAAUAGUCUUCAUCAUCCUGAUAAUCUUUAUUAUCCUCAACUACCACCUCCCGCUCUUAAUCAUCUCUCAACCAACAACACCGUUAAUACCGCCGCUUUCACUGACGGUAGUAACAUUGACGUUUUAUAUGAUGAUAAACUUAACGGUAUCAAGGACGUUAUUCCUCACAAACAUUCAUCUAUCUACUCAACUUUCUACAAUACCGAUAUCAACAACACAAAGGAUAGCUGUUACUUAUUUAAUCCUUUGACCUUAUCAUUCGAUGAAGUAUCUCCUGAUUUGACAUCUGGAUCUGAAACAUCUUCUCUCGGAUCAUCUCCUCCAAAAGAAGACGAUGACUACAGAAGAUCUUUAUUAUUUUCCGCAUCAAAUAACGACAAAAAUAAUAUCUCCUCCAUUACCAACAACACCACAAGCUUUGCUCCAUUUGAUGAAUAUAACAACGUCACCACCGCCGCCACCACUUUUGUUUCAACUCUUUCUAAAAAUGAAGUCACUAAUACGAAUUUUGAUUUACCUAAAUCGCCCGUCACCAAUUUUGAUUCAGCUCUCUGUCCAUUGCACAAAGAAAAUACUGAGCAUGAACUCGACGGCGAUAAUAAAAUACCUUGUGUACUCGACCCAUUCGACAUCAUCGAAGCUACUACUGACACCACUAACAAUGACGACGAUAACAGCGAAGAAUUUAGAAAAUCUUUAUUACUUUCAGCAUUAAACAACACUGUUUUUCUUCCUUCCUCUUCCAGCAACAACAGUACUAAUUCGCCUUCUCAUGGUGAUAAUUUCUCAACGUCAUCAACAAAUAAAGGGAUUAAUAAGGAAUCCUCCGAUCUAUUAGUUUCUGAAUCCACCACUCAAAAUCUAUCUUCGCAUGAAGAAGAUUUACAUUUAUUAUCCCAAAAAUAUAACAUCAAUAAUCACGAUAGUGAAUACGAAAUUUCUAAUUCUGCCACAUUACCUACCACACAAUUUAAGGAUAACAAUAUCAGUACUACAUCAAAACCAGUUUCUUCAAAUAAUGUCAUCGUUCAAUCUUCGUCUAAACCCGCUGUCAAUCAAAAAGUGAUCGAAAAUCUUAGCAAUAUAUCAACUGCUGUUGCACUUGCAAAUAUCAAAUCAACAACAACAACCACCCCAGCUUUUAAUGAUAAUAUUGAUAACACAAUGCCCACUAAUAUUAUUACCGCUAAUCCAAAAGCCAGAAGAAACAGUGACCCUGUUAAAUCAAUGUCCUCUUCUGUUGCAUCUUCAGUUACCGAUGAUAAAGAUCAAAAGAAAACCAUUCUCUAUAAAACUGAAAUUUGUCGCAAUUGGGAAGAGAAAGUUAGCAGUGAUGAUAAUAAUGGAAAUAACAUCUCUAAUACUGGCAGUAGUCGUAAAUCUGGUGGUAUGACUAAUAAGCAAAGAUUAUCAAAAUUUAUUAGUGAUCCUUCUAUCUAUGGGUCCUACAACAACGGAUCAGCAUCAAAAAAUACAAACACUGCUGGUACCGGUACUAACGAACCAAGUUCCUUGACUUUAUCAAUUCUUAAGGAUCUUGAAGUCGAAGGCGAUCUCAGUCUCGAUAAUAUAAUAAAUCACCCAGCCACCAUUAGAGAACGUAGCUUAAGUCUCUGCGGUACUGGUGGAAGCCAUGCGAAACCAUUAAACAACACCGUUUUUCUUCCUUCUCGUGGUGAUAAUUCCUUCACGUCAUCAACAAAUAAAGGAAUUAACGAGGAAUCUUCUGAUCUGAAUCCACCACUCAAAAUUUACCUUCUUACCGAUGAUAACAAAGAUCAAAAGAAAACCUUUUCUUUCUACAAAACUGAAAUGUGUCGCAGUUUGGAGGACAAAGAUAUGGAAACAGAUUCCAAUUCGCACAUUCUUUAA